AUGAAUUCUAAUUUAAAAUUAUCAUCUUCUACAACAUUAGAUGAUGAUGAAUCUUCUGUUGAUAUCAUUGACAUAGAAAGUAUUACUCAAAACGAAAUAGAAUCAGUUAAAGAGAUAUUCAAAACUAUGACACAAAGAAGGUAUGAAAGAAAAUUUUUAGGUACAGAUACUUUUUCAACAACAAGUAGAAAAAUAUCAUUUUUAUUUAUUCUCUCAUUGGGAGGAUAUUUGUUUGGUUUAAUUAUUAAAUAUUUUACUAAUAUAAUAGAAAAUGAUCAACAAUCAUCAAUAGAUGAAACAACAAAUUCUUUUGGUGUAUUUCUAAUUCAACAGUUAAAUGAAAUAUUAAUAAUGAUAGUAAUGACCAUUUCUAUUACUCUUUCUUUACAUAUCUUAAGACCUUUUAUUGUAGUUUUAAUGUUUGAAUUAUAUUGGUUUACAAUAUUAUUCUUUUUAUUAGAAGCAUAUAAUUCAUUUUCAUUAACUAUUCUUUCAAUAUUAAUAUUAGUUAUUAUCGUAUUAAUUACAUUAUUAUUUUCAACAUUCUUUUCUACUAUAUUAAAACAUAUUCCAUUAUUCAUUUUUCUAAGACCAACAAUUGUUUCAGUAGAAGAAUCAUCAAAAGGAUUUAGAAGAUAUAUUCUUGAAACUACUAACUUUCUCACUAGAAAAAAGAAAAAAUAUACACUUGAAGGUAAAUUAAAUAACAGUUCAUUGGAAGGAACUAUUGUUUGGGUUGAUAAUCAGAUGUUAGGUGAAUCAUUAACAGGAGAAUGGAGAAAUAAAAUGCUUGUAGGUCCAUUUGAAUCAAUAAUUAUAGGACAACGAUCAUUAAUUCAUUCAGUAACUUUAAUGGCAUUUAAUUCUAAAUUCUAUCAAGGAAUUAUUUCAUUUCAUUAUUCAUUAAUAUCUGUUGAGUGUUGUUAUUCUGGAACAAUUCUUUAUAAUUUACCAAAAGUAACUCAAAUUUACAGUAAAAAAUGUCAAUGUAUAGGAGACUGUACUUGUUGUAGAGAUAUUAUUGAAGAUAUUCAUAGUGUUAAAGAAACUUCAACAAUAGAUUCAUUAAAUGUACAAUUAAAUGAAAAUACGAAUAUGAUUAACGUUUCUUCUUCGUCAAAAGAAUUAAAUGAAGUAACUUUAAGAAUAAGUAAAAGAAGUGAUUCAAAAAUGAAAGCAAUUAAAAUAAGUGGUCUUGAAGAAGAAUCAAAACUUGCUAUUAUAUAUCUUACUGGUUCAAUUCAUAAAGAACAACGUCAAAAAGAAUUUGCACAAUUCUUGGCAUUAGCUAAAUUCCCAGAAACUGUUUUUCCAAUAAUUUGUCAUCUCUCCCAAAAUAAUGAAACUCCUGAUUAUGAUGAUCCAUAUCUUCAUAUUGCAUUUUCUAAUUUACUUCAAUCAAUUCUUUCUACUCAAACUCAACACAUUAGUAUAAUUGCAACAUCUGAUACGUUAUUAUUUCUUUUUAAAUCAUAUUCAUUAUGGAGUACAUUAAUAAAUGAUUCUAUUCAUAUUGACAAUUUAAUUGUUAUUAAUCCAAUAGAUAUCCCAACAAUAAAUUAUUCUCGUUAUAAGAAAGAUUGGAUUUCAUUAUUUACUCUUUGUAAAAGAACAACAAUAUAUUCUUUAACUUCUUCUCUUGCUGCAAUUCAUUUAUUAGAAUUUAUAUUAAAAGUAAAACGUUCUUUGCAUUUAAAUUCUUCUUUUGAAAAGUUAGAUAUUAUAGAUGUAGAUGACCUUGACCAAACAAAUUAUUUUUCAUUAAAUGAAGUAUUUAUUCAAGAUAUUGUAGAACUUCUUUUGUUCAAUAAACCUGCUAGAUUACGUAUGACUUCAUUACAACAAUAUUCAUCCAACUUCUUCAAAUUUUCGUUAGUACCAAAAUUUGUUAGAAUGGUUUAA